AUAGGAUCCUGAAGCCAGUGGCCGCCACAAGGGAUCGGGACGCACAGAGUCGGGUGUUCGCGUCGCCCUUGUCUCCGCGUGAGGGCAUCGGAACCCUCGGCGGGAAUGUAAACAAUCCCCUCGCGGCGCCUAUACCUGACACCUCCGAGCCCUGCCACCUCAGCUGUUUUUGUUUGGCCAGCCCUCUCGCUCCCUCCAGGCUGCAUGGCGGUGGUGGGCGGCGCCCCCCGCGACCCCAGCGUGGUGGCCUAGAGACGCCCCGAGGCGCCACUCCUCGCCAGCAGGCAAAAGAAGCACCCCAGUGAAUUUGGCAAGAUGGAGGAUAAAUUUGACCCCUACGGCCUCCCCCCAGAAAUUACCAUCCAGCCCCAUGCUCUAAUAGGAAUGAUGGGACUAGACAUCACAAAUAAACCAACACACAAGGCUGUCUGGGAGGCAUUCGCUCUCAACAGAAGGACGGAUCGAGCUCCACUACAGUUCCGCCUCCUCAACAAUGACUUCCAGAUGCCUCCGAUGAAGCAAAAGAGGCAGUCUUACGAGUGGUAUAUCCCCAAAGGCAUUCUCAAAUCAAACUGGGUUCCAAAGUAUAUUACCCACGUCCCGGCCCUCGUUGUGUUGUUCUAUGACCUGGACUGGAACGACGGCAGCUGGACAGAGAAGAAAAAUGAUGUUGCUAGUCAGGUUCAAUCCCUCAAAACUGUGCUAGGUGGGCGGAACAGCCGUAUGGCACUAGUGCUGAUACAGAGUGGCAUCAGUGUCCCAGGCGAGGACACGGGCGCAGCAGAGAAGGCGGCAACUCUGUGUACUGCGUGUGACCUCCCAGCCAAGCACCUCUUUGUCUUGCCACACUCUGAUGUUCACCUUCUGGGGUACACAGUGAGAUUAGAAAAUGCCCUGAGUGAGAUAGCGUGGAUGUUUUACCAAGGCGAGGCCAAGGGCGUGCGGGGCCACCGAGACUUCCUGAACAAGACCAACCACACGCUUCUCUUCGUGCGGCACCAGUUCAAACUCGGGUUCCUCAACGAGCUGAGAAAUGAUGCCCAGGCAGCCAUUAAGCAUUACGCCCAGUGUUAUCACCAUCUGCUGGAACUGCGCUCGACUGACACCAACUUGCAUGAAAUCCGCAUUGUUGCCGCCGUCGUGAAUUAUAAGAUCUGUAGACUGGACUUCACCCUCAACCUUCCCCGAGAUGCCAUUGCUCAAUUCCGCCGCCACAUUGACCUCUUCCGACAGAGAACAGGACCCAAGGAACUGAUAUUUGAACAUUAUGCCUGGCUUUCCAAACAGUACCAGAUCUUUGGCGAUGUCUUUGAAGAAGCCGUGAGGACGGGUCUUCCUGCUGUCCAGACACAACAUCCUGGCUUUUAUUAUCAGCAGGCUGCCCAGUAUGCAGUGUUGAGAAAGAAAACUGCACUCCAAGUUUGCAAAGACAUAGCAGCUCCUGUGUCAGACCUCUUGGAAGGCUGGAGCAAGCUGGACUUCUACGGGCAGCGACCUUGGCGGCCUGGCAAACACUCCCUUGAGCCUCCGGAACAGCAGAGAGAGAUGGAGGGAAUAAAGGAAGUUCAGUACCACGAGGUCAAGGAGGUGAAUCAUUCCAACAUUAUCAUUCCCUUGUUCUCCUCGGCCAUCAGCCAGUUCAAGAAGUACCGGUGUCCUCGCAUCAAGCGCCACCUCAUGGUCCAGAUGGCCGAGGAGUACCACCAGGCCAACGACUCCUCCAAGGCCCUCACGCUCUUGAGUCAUGUGAUGUGGGACUACAGAAAUGAGAAAUGGUGGAGUUUGCUGGAGUCGGCUUCUGUCUUGGGUCUCCAGUGCUCCUUCAACACGGCCGCCAUCACAGAAUACUUUGGCCUGGCGUUAGAGUAUAUGGGGAAGAAACUCUCAACCAUGCCUGAGGACAAAAAGAGAGUGCAUGAUAAUCUUUUGAGGUUGCUUAACGGUGUGGCUCCCGAACCUGAGCCAGGAACCUCGACCAAAAUCUUAACAGCAGCAACAGAGGCCUGGUCAACACUGCUGGGUACUCAGGUGUCCCCAAUCACCGUGGACAUGAGUACCUUAGUGCCCUGUCUAGAGGUCCGGGCAUCCUUCCAGAAGACCCAGUACCAUGUUGACCAGCAAGUGAGGGUGGUGGUCAAAGUAAGGAACACCUACACCUCAACCCUCUUCCUAAGCUCGCUAAGUGUGAGCACCAGUUCCCAGUCUUUCUUGGAUCGCCUUGUGGAAGCCAACCCAGACAAGCUUGUUCUUCCACCUGACCAAGUAGUGGAGGUCCCUCUUGCCUUCAUUCCCCAUGUAGAAGAUGUGGGAAAGAAACUAAAGAUAGUAGAUGUGCGUGCCCAGCUGGGGACGCCAGAGAGCAGUGUUGUCGUUUGGUUGCAGUGGUCAGGCUCUGGCAAUGAGGGCGUCACAGUGCAUGCUGCCAACGCUCCAUCCUUCCCGGAAUUCAGUCUUUUGUGCAAGGAUGACUUUGACACGGCUCUUCCCAUCGCUGAAACAGAAAUCUUGCCCCGUCAGCCACUCCUUCAGGUCACGAUUGAGCACGACACAACGGCCCUUGUGUGGGAGUGGCUGCCCAUCAAAACUCACCUUGUCAACGGUGAAGCAAGUGUGGUGUCCGAUAUCAACUUAAACUUCGGCCUUCACGCCUCCUCACAUUCUAAUUUGGAGCAUGCUACACAAGUUUGUACUGCCUCUAGUUUACAAAGUGACAAACUGGGGUCCCAAGUCACUGGAUUCACCAGUGAUAAUCUAGACAUUGGAGAAGAAACUACUCUGACCUUCUACGUCAAAUCCCUAACUUCAUCUGAUAGAACGUUUUCCUUGAAGAUUGAAUAUAAUGUAUCUGUUUCAUCGGGUGGAACCACAGUGCUUUGUCCAUGCACCUUUGAGAAAACCAUACAGACUCAUGCAAGAAUACCUUUCCAAAUCAGCGUGGAAACUCAGUCCCUCAAGUUUGAGAAGCUGGCGAGGGUGGCUGGAGGGGAGAAUUUCCUGGUGGUGCCACGGAUCAAGUGCACCUCCCACGUCCCCAUCACCCUCACCAACUCCUCCCUCGCCCUGGCCAGCGAGGUUCAUCAGAUUGGUGCAGACUCUCGAUCACAGGUCAUAAAUACAGAGCUAUCAGAAGGGGAGAUGGGCGUAGACUGUUUCUGCAUCGCCGUGGAUGAAGAAGUUGUUACCAAUUCUGCUGUGACCCUGGGACAGUAUGUCUUGUAUUGGAAAAGGUCUGAGGCUGACUCCCUAGAUGUUAGUGUGAGUGUGGGUCUUCCCUCCGUGGUAGUGGAGCACUGGGGAGUGUGGGUGGACUGUGAGGUCGCCCCGCAAGGAACAGUCCGCACACCACUCGCUCUCACCUACAACAUAUCCAACCACGGCACACACACGGCGGAGCUUGCCCUCAGCAUGCAAGUCUCAGACGCCUUCAUGUUUGCAGGACACAAGGAGGUGAGGCUGCGAGUGUUGCCAGGAUGCAGUGAGUGCAUCACCUACACACUCUAUCCUCUGCUUGCUGGCAAUGUUCACCUGCCCAAGUUGUCCCUCAGUGUUGAGUCUCAUUCACCUGGACAGCCCACGUCAUUGGAUCCGCUGCUGGCCAGAAUUUUACCCACACACGUUUAUAUCAUGCCUCAGCCCAAAGACAGUGACCAAGGAAUAUCUUCAUUGGGAAAUAAUCUCUCCACCUUAGUGAUCAGCUAAGUAUGCAGAGUAGUAUAGUCUUCUAUAUUUGAGCUUUUGUAAAUACAUAUUAUAUAUGUAGGUUUGUGGACUGUUAGCUAAUUAUUGCCAUAUAUAUAUAUAUAUAUAUAUAUAUAUAUAUAUAUAUAUAUAUUUAGAGAUAUAUAUAUAUAUAUAUAUAUAUAUAUAUAUAUAUAUAUAUAUACAGGUAACUCGAUUUACAUGAGUUUGGUUUACGCGUUUUUUAAAUAACACGGGGUCCAAAAUCCAAAUAAAUGUUUAAUUUACACGUUUUUUUCACAUAUACGUGAUAUUUUAUGGAGUGGCCAACAGAUGUCUCGCGCAACUGGACUCACACGGCGCCGCGGCCACACAGCUGAGCUCAGUUCUUCCCGCGCGUCACUUGAACAACAAUACAGUACCAACGCUGCCACGCUACUCAACAAUAGGGGUGGGCAGGUAACGGUACUAACAGUACCAGCCAUACGGUACGGUACCGGUACCAAUACUAGCCAGUCGCUCAUGGUGUCCCUCAUUUCUUCCUCACACGAGUGAGGCUGAGACUGAGUGCCUGAGUGGAUAUCUCGGUGAUAUGGAUAUUCUCUCUCUCUCUCUCUCUCUCUCUCUCUCUCUCUCUCUCUCUCUCUCUCUCUCUCUCUCUCU